AUGAGCCAUCCAAUAAAACCCAAUAAAGUUUCCAUCUUUAAAAUCUCACCACCACCAAGCCCAUCUCUUAAAACCCCAUCAAUUCGCUCUCGCUUAAGCAAACUUCGUCAAGAAGGGCAACUCCAUCUCGCACGCCAACUAUUUGACACACUUCCCGCCCCAACAAUGAUCAUUUGUAACUCCAUCAUAAUUGGCUUCAUUUGCAAUAACUUGCCUUUUGAAGCCAUUUUAUUCUAUUCCAAGCUAAAAAGUUCCAGUCUUGGAACCAAAUUUGAUUCAUAUACUUACUCUUCUACAUUCAAAGCUUGUGCGGAAACGCGCAGUUUAAAGAUUGUGCAUAAAGUUUUUGAUGCGAUGAGAAAAAGAGAUGUUGUUGCUUGGAAUAAUGUGGUUUCUUGGUAUGUAAAGGUAGAAAGACAUGUAGAAGCAAUUAAGCUAUUUAGUAUAAUGAUGAAAACGGGGAUAAAACUUAUUCCGAUCGGUUUUGUCAACAUUUUUCUUGCUUUUUCGAGCGUAGGAGAUUUUAAGAAUGCCGAUGUUCUUUUUGGGAUGCUUGUUAAAAUGGGUAGUGAAUAUGUGAAUGACUUAUUUGUUGUUUCUACGACGUCACAUCGCAUUGCCAAUAAAGGAAAUGAAAUUAUGGUAGAGCAUGUGGAACAUGAUUUCAUGCAGACAGAAUUGAUUCAGUCACCGCUAGUAGACAUGGCAGUGACACAUAAAUCCCAAACUCAGUUGAUAAAGGAAAAAAGAAGGACGGAAAAUAAAAAUUCCACAGUGGUAGGCAGUGGGCAAUCGACCAUAGAAAUAAUGGAUGAUAAUUGGGUUACUACAGCUGUUCUAGAAAAUGCUUGCAGAAAUGACACUAUAGAGACUCUUCCCUUAGCAGAAGCAACCCCAAAGGAGAAGAUCAAUACCAUCAAUGCAUUCGAAUGCUUGAAUAUGAUUAAGUACCAUAGCAUGAAUGAUGGUAUAUUAAUAGAGCAUAUAGAGCCUGAUUUAUCUCCUCAUGCAGCGUCAAAAGGGAGUAAGGAUAUAGAUGAUAAUCUAUCAUGGGUUACAAAGGGUUAUAGACAGAUUUAG